CCUCCAGGCAAUAUCUAUCACUGAUCCUUUAAAAUUAAGACUAUUUAUUCUUGGUCAAAAUUUUACGUUACCUUGCUUUCUUUUAUUCUCUCAAAAUUAUACUUCAAUUAAAUUCCCCGAAAUGAUUUCCAUGGACCCCAACAAUGAGGAGGCGUAUUCCAUCGUGGUCUUCGGAGCCUCAGGCGGAUUGGCCAAAAAGAAAGUGUUUCCGGCGCUUUGGGCUCUCUUCCGGGAGAAUCGGAUGCCCCAGGGCACCAAAAUAUUUACCUUCACCCGGUCCCCGCUGCAGACAAAAACGUACCGGCUGCAGAUUCUUCCUUACAUGGAGCUGGACAAGCAUCGGGACCCCACGAAGUACAACCUCUUUUGGACGACCGUGCACUGUGUGCAGGGCGAGUACGACAAGCCGGAGCACUACGUGGCGCUCACGGAGGCGAUGGUCCACCAGGAGACAAAGCACAAUCAGGUGCGCGCGAAUCGGAUCUUCUACCUGGCGCUGCCACCGAUCGUGUUCGAUCAGGUGACCCUCAAUGUCAGUCGAAAGUGCAGCUCGACCACGGGCUGGAACCGAAUCAUAGUGGAGAAGCCCUUCGCACGGGACGACAUCUCCUACAAGGCCUUCCAGACCUCGCUGUGCAACUGCUUCCGGGAGUCGCAGAUUUACCUGAUGGACCACCUCCUCAGCCGGCAGGUGAUGCAGAACUUCUUUGCGCUGCGCUACUCGAACCACUUGUGGGGCGAGACCCUGAACCAUCGCCACGUGGCGGCGGUGAUGAUAUCCGUAAAGUGUGAGCUGCCGGUGUCGGUGAAUCGGGCAGACUACUUUAAUCAGUUCGGCAUUAUUCGCGACGUGAUGACUAACCACAUGAUCCAGGUGCUGGCCAUGUUGGCUAUGGAUCAGCCGUACGCCAACACUGCUGACGACCUGCGCGCCGAACGGCUGAAGAUUCUUCGCCAGGUGCUAACUCCCAACAUAGGCGAUGUCGUCUUGGCCCAAUACCGCAACAACCGGCGGGAGAGUGAACCCGCGAAGUGCGGCUACACGGAGCACACCUACAUCCCGAAGGACUCCUUUACGCCCACAUUCGCUCUGGUGGUGCUGCACAUCAACAACCGCCGUUGGUCCGGAGUACCAUUCAUCCUGCGGGCGGGAAAGGCCUUGAACGACACAAAGUCGGAGGUGCGUAUCCAGUACAAGGCGGUGGACUGCGAAACCUUCCCCAGCGACAGUACUGACAUUCGAAACGAGCUGGUCCUGCGAUCCUUCCCCACGGAAGAGGUCUUUAUGCGCAUGCGACUGAAGCGGCAGGGCGAGGAUAUCUGCCUUCGGGAGAGCGAGAUCAACCUGCGAGUGGAUGAUCGGGGACCGAAGGGACUCCAAGGACUGCCCGGCUACCUGCUCAACGUGUUCCAAGGCGACCAGACGCUCUUCAUGCGCUCCGAUGAGCAGUGCGAGAUUUGGCGCAUAUUCUCACCCGUCCUAAACACCAUCGAUUCGGAUCGUCCCCGCCCGUUGCACUAUGACUUUGGAUCACGGGGUCCUUUGCUGGCCUAUCGCAAGGCCGAGCGCGCGGGCUUCGUCUUCUUUGCCACGGACGAGUGGCAUCAGAGCGAAGAGACGUUAGAAUAUACGGUCAAGAAGAGCAAGCAGCUAAUCGGACCCCACACCGCCCUCAAGCCAGUAAGGGAUCCUCGGUCCAAGAGGCCGAGCUCCAAUCCUUAGGCGUAAUGAUAGUUAAAGCUUCAACGAAAGUUUUUUAAUUAAACAAGUGCAGUCUGCUGUGUUGCACCAGCUGGCCAUCACUUCACCUUGGCUGCCCAGUCCAACCCUUCACCGCUGUCCGUUCCAUUCGGUUCUACUCCGUUCCGUGCUGCCAUUGUUGCAGUUGUUGCCCAUGUGGCCCAUGUUGCCGGUGAGGAUUUCGCCAAGAGGGGCGUAAACAACACGCAUGCCUUGGCCAUUGUCCUUUGCAGAAAGGAGUGCGAGGCACUAGAGUCUAUGGUAACUACGAAAUUCUCUAUCAAAUUUAUAUCUACUUAUAUUUGUACAUA